ACAAACCCCACAUCUUUAACAACCAUACCAACCAAAAAGAUAACCCAAAAAAAAAACCAUUAAUUUUCUUUCUUUUUUCUUUGUCUUUCGUUCUUUGUUCUUCAUUUUUCAUCCUUCCCCCCCCCCCCCCCUCUCUUCAUGAUCAUGGCCAUGCUUCAAUCCGAGCAGCUCAAACAGCUCAAGGACAUCUUCAUGCGUUUCGACAUGGAUUCCGACGGCAGCCUCACACAUCUGGAGCUAGCCGCCCUCCUCCGGUCGCUGGGUAUCAAGCCGAAGGGGGACCAAAUCCAUGUAUUGCUUGCAAACAUGGACGCCAAUGGGAAUGGCUUCGUUGAGUUCCAAGAGUUGGUGGAUGCCAUAAUUCCUGACAUGAAUGAGCAAGUGUUUGUCAACCAAGAACAGCUCAUGGAGGUUUUCCGGUCCUUCGACAGGGACGGCAACGGCUACAUCACCGCUGCCGAGCUCGCCGGAUCCAUGUCCAAGAUGGGACAUCCUUUGACAUACCGUGAGCUGUCGGAUAUGAUGCAGGAGGCCGACACCAAUGGAGAUGGUGUUAUUAGUUUCAAUGAGUUUGCAACCAUCUUGGCCAAGUCUGCAGCUGACUUUCUUGGAAUUUGACUUCUUCUUUUUAUGACUUUUCCAUAUUUUUUUUUUUUUAAUUUUAUUUGUAGUGCUGGUUAUAUAUGAUUAUAUAUGUAAUAGGAUUUUUAAUUUUGGUGCCUAUGAUUGUGAAGGAG